AUGCCACGACCACUUCUCACCUCAGAGACGACGGAGAGAGAUUGUCCACAGUCCCCAGACCUGGAUGAGGAGGAUGGCGAAGAAUCCUUAUCCAGUUACAUCCAUCACCCCACACCUCCUCCAGGCCAGGGCAAGAGCCACAGUAGCUUGAGUGAUGAUCACAUGGAAGAUACAGAUGAACCCACUCCAUUUUCCUUAAAGGGGUUUGAAAAAGCCAAGAAUUGCUAUGUAGCAAAAGAUGAGGAAGGGAAAAGUGGAAUGUACAUGAGGAGACUGGCCAGACACUGCCUAGACUUUGAAGAGGAGUCCUUGGACCUUCAAGAACCAUUUUACAAAGACCCAGUGGUGGCUGACCACUUAGCAGAUGAGGAGGAGGAGAGCUGGGGCAGGAGCUACUAUUGCCCUGGGCGUGAAAAAGGCCAUAUGCCCAGGGUUACCAGUGGGGCAGCGUGUAGCCCAUAUGAUUCUUUGCAUCAAAACACAUCCAGAACAUCAGGAAAUGAGGUAUUUGUUCCAUGGGCCCAUGCCAGUGACCCUUGUAUUGCAUACACAGCUCAUGAAAAGGCACCUGAAAACUGUGCUCUUCAUGAAGAAUCCAUAGGAGACAGGGAAUAUCCGUCUCUGCAGCUGAGCUACCAAGAACUCCAAGAGGAAAAUUCCAUGCUCAGAAGAAAGAUCAAAAGUAUCCAGAAUUUCUCAGAAAGUCAGACACAUAUGGUGAAAAGCCUGGAGAGGAGACUGAGAGCUACUGCAAUCAAGGAAGAUAAAGAGGCUCGGGGAUUGGAAUCCAUACUACAUCAGGCAGAACAUAACCUUCAGUUGAUGACGCAACGGGCUUUGAGGGCAGAAAGUAACGCUGGAAAGCUGAGGCAGGAAAUGUCCUUUCUCCAAAGUGAGCUGGAGUUUUGCAAGGUGGAGAAUGAAAACCUGAGAGCGGACCAGUCUGCUGACCUGGGGGCUGUGAAACAAAACAUAAAAGUUGCCCUGCAGAAUCUCCGCAGGAUUAUUGUCGGUGCCAACCUAUCAAUCAAGCAGCUGGUCUCUGGAGCAGAACUGCUGCAUCUUGUUGCUGAUCUCCUUAAAUCCAUUGACAAAAUUUCAGAAGUGAACAAGGAAGAUGAUCUAUGAAACAGCAGUCAGGUGG